UGGUCAGAACCUAGCUGGUGAGUGAAGAUGAUUCCUGUGCUGAUCUGGGCUUUGAUAUCACUGAAUGUAGCAGAAAAUGACUUAGAUGCUCUGUACCCUGACCUGGAGCAUUCGAGAACAAUUUAUGUCACAGAAAAUGGCCCCCAACUGUCAGUGGUAGCAGAAAAAACCAAAGUGGUGUCAAGACGAGGGGGAAAUGCUACUUUACCAUGCACGAUUCUAAGGGACCAAACACUGGCACAAAACCGUAAGAUGCGGAUCAAAUGGACCAAGCUGACCUCAGACUAUCUAAAAGAGGUGGAUGUGUUUGUUGCCAUGGAUUAUCACAAAAGGAGUUAUGGCAGAUUCCAUGGACGUGUCCACCUACAAGGUUCUUCGGCCAUGGAUGCUUCUCUAGUCAUUACAGAAAUCACUUUGGAGGAUUAUGGGAGGUAUAAAUGUGAAGUAAUUGACGGGCUGGAAGAUGGAACAGCAGUAGUGUCGCUGGACCUUGAAGGUGUUGUCUUCCCAUACUACCCCCGCCUGGGACGCUACAACCUUAAUUUCUACGAUGCAGAGCGGGCGUGCCACGAUCAGGAUGCUAUCGUGGCAUCUUUUGACCAACUGUAUGACACAUGGCGUGGAGGGAUGGACUGGUGCAAUGCUGGCUGGCUGUCUGAUGGCACAGUCCAGUAUCCCAUCAACACCCCCAGAGAACCCUGUGGUGGCAAGAACACAGUGCCAGGCAUUCGGAACUAUGGGUUGAGAGACAAGGACAAGAACCACUAUGAUGUUUUCUGCUUUACCUCCCACUACAAAGGUCGUUUCUACUACCUGAUCCAACCCUUUAAGCUGACCUAUGAUGAGGCAGUCAGGGCAUGCCAAAAAGAUGGUGCUCAAAUUGCCAAGGUUGGCCAGAUGUAUGCUGCCUGGAAGCUGCUGGGCUAUGACCGCUGUGAUGCAGGCUGGUUGGAGGAUGGCAGUGUCCGUUACCCCAUCUCCCACCCGCGCCGGCGCUGCAGUCCCACUGAAGCUGCUGUUAGGUUCAGUGGCUUCCCUGACAAGAAGCAUAAGCUGUAUGGAGUGUAUUGUUUCAAGGGCCACAACUGAGCCACAACACACAUCCAGCAAACAAUUACAUACACUAACAUGCAUCAACACAUACAAUAAUGAGCAUAAUAAUUGAGAGAAAGAAAACAGAGAAAAAAGCACAUUCAAACUGUGAUAGUUUUUUUUUUUUUUAAUGGAAACCUUAAGAUGUUUUAUCCAGACCGAUUCAUGUUGUGCUUUGUAAACUGGGACCUUAUAUUCUACAAGGGAUAGUUUACGCAUAUUUAAGGUUUAUAUUAUUUAAUCAAUGCCCUUCAGAGAGGUGGGCACAUUGUUGUGGGGAUUAGAUAACCUACGGCUACAGACAUACUGUCAUUUACAAAUGGACUAGGCUCGUCAAAGUCUGAAAGUCUGAAACGUAACUAAUCCAAUCUCUGCUGUUCAAUGUUAACAAGGUGCUAAGACAGGUACUUUGUAAAUCAUCCUACCACCCAGUGUUUUAUUUUUUUUAUACAAACGUGAUGAACCAAACACUAGCCUCAUCACCAAAAUGAAAAAGAAAUCAUCUAACUGUUAGCAUUGUUUAUGUUUUCUAAGUAUGUAGAAUGUGAUAAUCUAGAAAUGUAUUUCUGUUAAUGACUAUUUUUUGAUAUACUGUAGAAAUAUUUAGAAUAUAAUUUUUAUCUUUCUGGUCAAACUAUCCAAGUCUAUUGGGUUUACAUGAAACAUACAAUAACGGUGGAAAAAACACCACAAAAAAUGAUUUUGCACUGAAUUUACCGAAUAUGAUGCAUAGAGGAGAGAAGACGAGGCAAACAGCAGUUUGCUCUUUGCAGCAAUACAGAAUGCCUGGCAUGAAAAAAUGCUUUGCAGUGCUAGAGUACGUUUUGUUCUUCAGAGCAUGCCUUGACUUCAACAGCAAAAUCGCUAUUAGAGUAUAGCUACUCUUGCUAUCUAUUUAGCGCCUUAUAGACUGCUAUUUUUGAUACAAAUGCCAUAGAUUCUUCUAGCUUAUUACCAGAGCCAGGCUUUGCCCUGCUUGUGACUGAUGUUGCUCAUUAGCCCAGCAAUCCCAGUGCAACCUGAGAGGACAAUCAAAAAAAUCCUGUUAUUCAGUUGUGGGUUUGACCUUCAGCAUGUGUUUGUAAUAUCAUAAAAAUCUGCUUUCUGCAUACAGUGUUGCUUGACCUUUAAAUCACAUUUUUCUACUGCAUUCCUCUCCUAUGAUGGUGCUAGGCUGCUGUUAACUAGAAUUGUAACUAGAAUUGGAAAAUUUAGAUUUAAAUCCAGGUUAUGCUCAGGUUUAUGUUUGAUCUAUUUUAGUCAACAAAAAAGCAAAACAAUAAAAAGAAAUAAAUAUUAGUCAUGUCACAAAAUCAAAGAUUUAGUUGUUUGUACCACUGAAAUUGCAAAGUUCUUUGUGCCAAAUACAAAGAAAAAAGCAAAAUAGUGACUGUUAGCAUGCUAACAGACACACAUGGCCAAUGACUACUACUCACACUGUGGAUUGUCAGCCUAAACAAGACUUGCAAACUCUUUGGACCCAAAAAUCUUUAACAAGUCGUAUAGUAUUGAUGCUUUUUGUGUGUGUGUGUGUGGGGGGGGGGAAGUCUUAGUUUAUGUUGACAAGAAACUCAAUUGUGACUAAAAAUAAUAUGCAACUCUUUUGAAUAAAUUGGGACUAAUGCUAGGCUAGGUCAGAGCAUUCACAAAACCUACUAAUGGAUACCAGGUAAAAGAAUAAGGUGCUGAGGUUAACAGAGAUAACACUCUGUGACUGACUUACACACUAAUGUAUAUAGAGAUGAAGUCUAAGGUCCUGAACUGGCCCCCUAAUUGCUGUCUAAGUUCUGCAAGGCACAGCCAUGAAGCAGCCGACCAGUUCUUCCUGCAGGAGCCUCUAAAGGUUUCUUCCAUUUAAGGGUAUAACAGUAAAUGUAAUGUGUAAGCUCACUGUACACAGCCCAGGAUGGAAAAGACUGAAGUUUAGGUAAUCUAAUUGGAAUGGUGCAGAGUUGGCUAUACUUGGCUACUCAAGUCACUGCACAAUCAGAGUUUUGCUAUACUUAUCAUCAGUGAACUGCUGGACGAAAAUAGCCUGUAAUGAUCACACACUGAUGAUGUGGAAGAUAAAAUGCUAUAACAGCUAUGAAGUAAACACUUACUAAAGAUCUGUUUUAUUUAAUUUACUCCUUUUGUAUUAGUGUAUUGAUUAGAAUUAUUGCAGAAAUUACAGUCAAUUAAAUGAAUAGUUUGACAUUUGUGAAAGUGCAAACUGGUACGCUAACACACAGCUGUGUAAUAGCUAGAUCUCAUAAUGGGCUAUAAAAUCAAGAUAUUUCUUGAAAGUAAACAGUAUUAUGUGUUAAUUGGUAAGAUUCUGAGCUACAUGUUGACACCAAGCUCACACCAGUGUUUAAAUUUAGGACACCCACAAGCUCAUUAGCUAGCAUAGAAAAAUACCUGGAAAAUCCUGUAAAAUAAAUAGAAUGAAACUAAUAUAUAAGAUAUAUAAUAAGAUAUGCAAGGCAGUUCUUCAGUGCAUCAGUGCGGAUUGAAAGCAAUUUUACAAUUGAUGUUACAUCAUCCAUAUUUCCUACAGUCAAGUUGUCUCAACCUGCUACUCGUUAACUGAAGAAAAUAGUGGGGAAAUUUUGCUAAUUCGUUGUCCAGUGUUUCAAGUUUAGUGCAGCUCAGCUACCUGUUUACAUUUGUUACUUGCCUUACUUAGUAUGUUACAUUUUUCCCAACCAGAUUACCUGUUUCUACCAGUUGCUAGUCUACAUUCUGUGUGUAGCUAAAGUUCAAGUAGUUGUCAGGAAUAUCACAUUUCAGCAGAUGUUUUCACAUCUCUUUACUAGCCUUUCUUUUAUGCUAAAUGAAGUUACGUGUCUCCCGCUUAUCUACCACUUUGUAUCUACUGUACAGAUAUGACAGUGGUAUCACUUUUGUCAUAUCACAAGAAAGUAAAUAUCUAUGUUUUCACCAUUUCAACUGUUCAUUUUAAAGCUUCUAUUUUGUAUUCUAUUGUCUUUCUGAUAUUGUUCUUCGAGAACCACAGCAUAGAAAACAAUCUUAGGGAUUUGCAGACAAAGGGAUAAUAAAAGAAUAUAUAAACCAUGA